AGAAUGUAGCUCAUUUCAAAUAUGUCCUAAUGGCCGUUUCAGUUUCUCUUACUGUUAACUGAUCCUGUAGAAUAUACUUAAUUGCCUUUACCAUGGUCCGUGGCGUUCAUCAUUCAAGAAAAAGUUUGCAAGGUAAGACCUUUUCCUCUUUACAGAAUCUGAAAAUGUUCCUAACUUUAGAGUUUUUGAUAUGAAAAUUUUACCAGUCCAGGUUACAGCUCCUUUUGAAUUUAAGUUAGAGACCAAUAAAUCCCGUUUAAAUGUGUAAAUGCAACGUAACCUUACUACUGAGUCGUUUAUCUAUUGUUUGAGAUAGAGAUAUGUAGGUGUUCAGUUGUCCAUAUAAAAUCAGAGUCAAGUGGCAGUAAAAAGGUGAAAAUAUCUCUAACUUAAGUAAUAAUAUUUAAUGAGACAUGUCUCUCGGAAGGAACCAACACCAACGAGCUGUUUCAAACUAAAUUUACUUCCGUGUGGGACAAUAUUUGCAGUUAAAACCCUUGUUUUACAAUUGACAGAAGCAAGGUGAUCAAUCCAGCAAUAGUAAGCACCUAUCAUGAGAGACAUAGUGCACAUUCAAGUUGGACAGUGUGGGAAUCAGAUAAGUUCUAAGGUAUUUAAACAUGUAUUUGUCAAAGCUUGUAUCCAUUAAGCAGACGAAAGGUUGUGGCAUCUAAAGGUUUCAGGGGUGGAAUGCAUGAAGCGUUCUCAUUUUUGUGGAUGUUGUUGAACGAAGCUCCCAAAAAAAAUCCUUAUGUGUCGAAUCCAGGAUAAAACCCUCUCAUUUUUGCCUCGCAAAAUAAUUUUGAAACUAUUACAGAUAAUUUCUUAGAUGCUAACAAAUUCAAGAUCUUCCGCUGAACACCGUGAACAAAAAACAUGGGUAGUAAUUCAAAAUACCAUCUAAAUUUAGAGGGAAAAGAUCACGAAUUUCUUUCAUUUUAUGCUAUAUAGUGUUAUCUCCACAAAAUACCAAUAUUAUCUGUAAACUAUAUGUGAGGUAUUCCUCCAGUUACACGUACAGUUUGCAAGUUUUUCCACUCAGCAAGACUUUUUUAAAGUGCACGGUCCGUUUGACAAUAAAACAGAUUUCAUAUUGGAUGCCAGUAGCUCCAGAAAACGGCUAUUUAUUAAUUUAUACAGGAAAAUGUUUUGACAUUUGACGAAACACUAGUCGUAAAAUCUGCCGACUUAAAAGCCCAUCUUUUCAAACAACAGUAUGGAUUUCCUUCAUUGUUUCAAUAUAACAAGUUUAAAGUCAGCGUGGUUCAUUGAAAUUAUAGUUUAUCAAUUAAACGCAAAUUACCGUCGCAGAAGGGUUCACGGAGCCUAAAACAAUUUUGAACUAUUCGGUAAAUUUAAACUGUUCAAUAAAUUUAAACUGAUCAGCAAAUAGAAGAAAUUGUGUCAAGAGAUGCACAUGUAAAUAAGAGGAAAUAUUUAGCUUCCUAAACGUUCAAUUUUUAUUGAAGUUGGACGCAAAGAGACUUUAAGCUGCAGUAACAAGAAAAAAUUCUGUAGACCACCUGCCUAAUGAAAAGCAGGUCUCUAAUUUACCAGCUAAUGUUAAAGCCCUCGCUUUUGUUCUAUUUUGGAGAAAAGAUCUAUUAAAACUACAACUGCAAAAAAGAAAAAAAAACUAACUAACUAAAUAACUCUUAUCAAUAGGAACUAACUGAUCAACCAGGGUGAUAACCAUGGUUCAGAAGAAAUCGCAGCUUUCACACAUUUCACCUCGCCGGAAGGAAUAAAUUCUUUUACUUGGUCACGAUGUAAGACUAGGCCACCUGCAGUACUGUAGGCUGUUGUCGAUUCACCUGUUAAGGGUCGUUUUUGCUCCAAAUGACAACAUUAACAGAAAAACUUGUCUCAAGUUUCGCCUUUUCUUACAUAUUUCUUGAACAAAACGUUUCAAAAACUUUCCAACAGCAUUUCUAACUCAUGGGACGGUGUCAUUGUUUUUAUAUUAUUUCUUGCUUUAUUAAUAACAAACGCAAAUUAUCCGCAGUCAACAAGAAACAGGCACGGUAGCAAAUAACAGAAAUGAAGAUGGUAUAUUUCUCGUAUCAGUGACCCACAAUAUACAUAUCGUACGACAACCACAUUACAAAACAAAAGCUGAAACAGAUGUGACGUUCAAGGACGAAGCGAGCUCAAACAUAUUGUUAUCUAUCUGUCUGCAUGCGAUUUAUUUCUUUCUUUCUCUUGUUCUCGACUUAAUGCAGUUUUGGGAACUUAUUUCUGAUGAACACGGGAUUUCGCCAGAUGGGCACUACACAGGAAAAACUCCAAAUCAACUGGAUAGACUUAACGUUUAUUUUAACGAAACAGUGGGUAAGUGGUGCGUAAGCACUGGGUACAUCUCACCCCACAAAGAGAGAGCUAUCAUCCCUACACAUGGUUUCCUUCAGCUAGAAAAGAUCUUUGAGAAAAAGGGUUUUACUUUAAACGACUUAAUACAGGCAUGCAGUUGCUAGACUACAAAAUAAAAGAUCUUGUUCUUAUUAAAUGUUUUGAUUUAAUUCUCGCUGUUUGCUCCCGCGCCAAAUUAUUGGUCAAGUCAAGUCUUUGACGAUAACUUAUAUCAUUUAUUGCAUACUCAGUAUUUCGCCUGUUGUUCGCUGAUUGAAUGUUUCGGGUUUUACCCUCAGGUGAUAGGAAUUUAUUUUUCUCUCUUUUAUGCAGAUGGCAGGUACAUUCCACGAGCAGCAUGCCUGGAUUUGGAACCAGGCUCAAUCGAUUCACUCCGCACUUCACAGUACGGAGGACUCUUCAGCCCUGACAACUGCAUUUGUGGUGAGUUGAAGAGAACAGAAGCGAAAGGAAACUAUCUUUGAGAACUAGCACUAGAUUAUUGGUUCGAAUUCGGAGAGUAAUCCAAAUGACGUUCGCAAAAAUAUAAUUUACUGGUAAAUUACACAUAAGAGAAGAUUUCUUUUCUGGUGUGCUCUGCUUAAGUUUAUAUCAAUAAGAUGUUAAUUAACGAGCCCAGAAAAUAUUCAAUCAUGUGUUAAUAGCCAAUCCUGCUAUAACAAUUGUUGUUUUACAAUAAUAUCUCGACCUCAACUCAUCUUGUAUGUAAUCCAUAUAUUUAAUUCCGAUUACAGGUCAGAGUAGUGCGGCGAACAAUUGGGCCAAAGGAUUUUAUACGGAAGGGUCUGAACUUCUAGAAGCAGGGAUGGACUGCAUACGAAAACUGGCGGAAUUUUGUGAUUGUGUGCAAGGUUUUCAAGUGGCUCAUUCUUUAGGAGGAGGGACAGGCUCUGGCCUCGGAUCGCUUUUAAUGUCAAAAAUUCGCGAAGAAUAUCCGGAUAGACUACUGAGUAGUUUUUGUGUGCUGCCCUCGCCAAGAGUGUCUGAGACAGUCACUGAGCCAUAUAAUGCUACGCUAAGCUUUCAUCAUCUUGUGGACAUUGCAGAUGCAGCGAUUUGUAUUGAUAACGAGGCUUUGUACCGUAUCUGUUCGAAUGUUUUAAAACUGAAGACGCCUACUUACAGUGAACUAAACAAACUAGUGGCCACGACCAUGGCAGGAGUCACGACCUCGCUGCGCUUUCCUGGUCAGGUAAUGAUCAAUAAGCUAAAUUAAAUCUGUAACAAUAAAUGAUAACACAUUCAUUUUGAAACACAGAAUAUUCUUUUUCCAAAAAAGUACCCAUUGUUUCUUACAACUUAGUUCGAAAGUCAAAACGUAUCAAGUAGAAAUAGAAAACAAUAUAAUAAAUGUAAACAAAACGAAACCAGACGGGAAAAAUGAGUUCUUCAGUUAUCUCAGUGUCCGCUUUCGAUAUUGCAGAUAUUUCAUUUUCUCAACGCGAAUAAUUCGGUGAUCAACUAAGCGUGGUCGAUGUGUCAUUUUAAAAUAUUAGUUCUUAUGCGCACCGUGCACAGGGGCCAAAAAUAUCAGCCCUUAAGGGUGGGGGGGGGGGGGGGGGAGAGGGUGGCCAUUUGUAGAGCUAUGACUGUAAACAAUUUUUUCCUCGCAAUUGUCAGAUUAAAAUAACUAAAUCAAACUUUGGGUACUUACGGACAACGUGCUCUCCACAGCUAAACGCAGACCUUAGAAAACUCGCAGUAAAUAUGGUUCCGUUUCCAAGACUUCAUUUCUUCAUUCCCGCCCACGCACCACUCAUCAGCCGAUACUCUCAAAGCUACAGAUCAUACGGCAUCUCGGAACUUACUAGUAACAUGUUCGGACCUCAAAACAUGAUGGUAGCCUGUGAUCCGCGCCAGGGAAGGUACCUUACCGCUGCAGCUAUGUUCAGAGGCCAGCUCGCUAUGAGGGACGUAGAGGAAACCAUCUCCGCAAUGCAAAACGCAUAUUCGACUUCAUUUGUCGAUUGGAUUCCGAAUAACAUGAAAACAGCUGUGUGUAAUGUACCGCCCAAAGGACAAAAAACCUCCGCCACCUUUCUUUAUAACAGUACCGCCAUACAGGAAGCAUUCAAAAGAUUUACUGACCAGUUUUCUGCCAUGUUCAGAAGGAGAGCUUUCCUCCACUGGUACACGACGGAAGGCAUGGAUAUCAUGGAGUUCACCGAGGUGAUUUUUUAUCUUUGCCUUGUUAUUUUCUUUGAAAACCAGCCACUUUUUCGAACAUAUUCCGUUUUUUGAGCUUAGAACUAACUAGUGGAAUAUUACUUUCAGUGGUUUUAAAGUCAACUCCCACCAUGACCUGAUCACAACGCGGCCAGUUAUCUUUCUGCAGAAUGUUAGUAGUACCGCAAUUAAGUAAGAUGGCAAUUUCCCAAAACCUAGGACCUCUUGGCACAAUAACCUAAAAAGUUGUUUUCACAUUGCCGUUUUUACAUCCAAGAUGGAAAUAUAAAUUGGUUUUAAAUUCAAGCAGCAAGAAUAUCAGGAAAAGAAACAAACUGAACUGGCUUUUAAGCAAAGAACCGCUCAAAUUCUUAAGUUUUUAAUUGCAAAAUAUAACUUUCAUGGAAGACUAGUUGGUUAACUGGUUGCCAGGCUGUUGCUAAAGCUAACAAACUGACCUCAGGUACCGUUUUAGUCACGUUAAAAUAUCAAACUUGAUUUCAUGGUCUUUCAUUAAUGGUGCUUCAUUCAAAGUCUUGAUAAAUUUAUUGUGAAGGCUACUUUAAACUGGAUUAGAGUAAAUCCUAUCAGCCGUGCGCAUGUGAAUACAACACCAAUAGGAAACGAGCGUUCACUGGAACGCGUUAGAACAGACUCUAAAUUAUGCCACGAAGUUUUUUUUCGAGAAGUAUUUGACAAUUUCUUACUGUACAACUUUUACCUCGUGAACGUGAAGUUGGGAAUCCUUCUGCGAUGUAGGGCCAGACUGUUAACAUCAUGAAUUCGCGAACGUGACUUUGAGCGCGAUGCUCAACGAGUUUUUUUUGACAUUUUCGAAGUGUCUGAUCAGUCUCUUGGCCGAAACCAAACGCCGCGCACUACCAACCACGAAGUAUUUUUUCAUUUUGAAGUAUUUGACAACGCUUUGUGAAAGAAAUUUUGUUUGUUUCCGAGCAAAUUAAGUACGAAAGCUUAGAAAGAAAAAUCGCCAUGGCCCGUUGGCGAAUUGUCAGCUCAGAAAAGAAUACAAACGAGUACAUUUUUGUGACAUCGACAAAAAUGCGUGAAAAUUCGCACUAGCUAAAAUUCAAUUCAGCCGAGUUAGACAAAGGUUUACAUCAGACCAACACAAUAAAAGGCGUUCCGAAUUUCUGACUCUCGUUACAAAGUAAAAUUUAGUUUUUAAAGAAUAACGACAUCCUGAAUAAUAGACAAACUGACCUUUCUCCAUUCAUAACACUUUUGAGCAUGGCCAUCGCUUCCCGACUUCGUUCCUGAAUUCCAGUUCCUUAUUAAAUUUUCUUCUCAAAACACGACUGAUCAAGCGAUUGCACGCACAAUUAGCAAUUGACAAACCGAGAACAAUGAGAUGAGGCAAAGGUAAAGGAAGGCAGCGUCGAAGCUCAAAGGCUGACGUGCUCGUUCCUGAAUAACAUGAGUUUGCUUGAGCAACAAAGCUACGCAACAGAUUACGAAACAAAGAAACCAAAAUUCCCGCCAUGGCGCGCGCUGCCAUGUGGAUAAGCUGCGCCCUCUCAUUGGUUAUUUGCGUGGCGUAUAAGAGUUUCACCCCGAUUGGUUAGAUUUAUUAAUGUUGAUGUUCGCGGAUAAAGAAAUAAUUACGACGGGGCUGUCCUGGUGUACCGGUACACGAGGGAAUUCCUUUUGUUUUCAUAACCAUACAUGGAGUUAUGACGCAGUUCGUUGAUGUUUCCUUCCCUUGUGUACCGGUACACGAGGACACAACCAAUUACGACAACAACCAGGAAGGAAGUAUACGCGGGAUGAAACAUGUACGGAGCAAAAAAUAGAAAAGGAGCCGCAUAGAUGUAAACUAUUGAAAAAAAUUUUGCUCUCAAUUGAGCAUUGGAUAAAAAUGAAUUUGUGUACAGAGUAAACCUCACAAGGUGGCAUUUUGGAGGGGAAUUUUUCUUCUCUUUCCAGGCAUGCAUCGGUUGUUAGAACAACCAACACAAACUUUUACUCGUUCCUUUCCUCAGCAUUAUAAUAAAUGGUCAGUAAAGCCAAUGUUUUCUAGUAGGUUAAUUCUAAUAAUUGGAACGGGGGAGGGCAGGGGAAAAAUAUCACGGUGAGAACAUUGGCAGUCACUUACAAUAACCCAAACUGAAGAAAAAAAAUCAACGAAAAAAAGGGCAACAGUCUCCCCUGUCUUUCUUCCAGGUUGGGUAUUUAGAUGUUUUGGAAGGGUAUGAACCACACCGAUAUGAUUAAGUCUAAAUUUGAGCCCAGGUUUUAAUAUGAUUUUCAAUUCGCAGGCUGACUCCAACAUGAACGAUCUUAUCGCCGAGUAUCAACAGUAUGAGGAAGCUGGACCAGAGGACAUCAUAUACGAUGACGGCGAAUAUGAAGAGCUAACAGAUUUCCCAAGAGACUCACCCAAUAAUAUAUAAAUGAAAAGCAAAAGAUUUACUUUGAAGUACAAUUAUGUUCAUCUAUUUACUUACUUUAACUCUUUAACUUUAUCAUCAUGCAACUGAAUGAUUUGUGAGAGUUGCUAUAACAAGUAUAUAUGCUUAUAGUUCCAAGAUUAGCUUGAUUCUUUAUUAAAGAAUAUUAGGUUCUCAACAAGUAUUUUCCAGCUAACUUUGAUGAGAGUGAGUGAGGUACCUGCAUAAGUUGAGUUGAGGCUCUACUCAAGAUGUUUUUAAGAUUACAGUUUAUUAAAUUAUUACAACAAAUACUUAAAGUUUUACCGGUGAAACAAUCAGUUUUUUGUUUGAGUUAAUAAUACAACACAGAACAUUUUACAAAGUGUCUAAGUCAAGGGAUGUUUUCAUUUAUUCAUUGGAACAGGUCUUAAAGUAAAUGUAUUUUCUAUUUCAUUUAAAUUGGCGAGUUUUUUUUUAUGUUUGAUUACUCCAUUAAGG